AUCGCGUAGUCAAAGGAAAUUGCAUCAACUACUUGUUUAGCUGAUUAUCCACAAUUUAACAUCCCUGAUUUCAAGGCACCAUUCAAGCUGAGGUGGAGCAUUGAUACCCCUCCAGUGAUAGGGAGAAAAGAGGGGGAGAAGGGAACAGCUCCAUGGGUGCUUGGUAGGUUAUAGAUUGUUGAAAUAAGCUGUAAGUCCAGUGUCUCCAUUCAGCCCAGGAGUUUUGAGAGUUAUGAAUUUAAGCUCCCACAUUCAUGACUAAUGAGCUAUGUUAAUUUAUAUGCAUUACUGGCUUUGUUUUCCACCACUUUUAUCUCACACCAUGAAAAGCAGUGUGCCUAGAUGGCAACCCAGGAUUCAGAAAAUGAUUUAAUAAUUUACAUAUAAAAAGAUACAUUGUUAAAAAAAAACACAGUCUUGACAAUGGGGAAAUUAUUUUCUGUAACACAUUAUGUAUGUUUUCUUCUACCUUAGAUCUUCACUUAUCAGUGGGGGGAAAACCCACUUCAAGAGAAAAUGGACUACAAAACGUUACCUGUGGCGAUGUGGAAUGAGUAUCACGUCAGUGCUUGGCUAGAGUCCAUUGGAAUAAAAGAGGAAUAUGUGAAAAAGCUAAGGGAAGUAGAAGUAACUGGUCCGGUGCUUAGAAAAAUAAAUGAAUCUUUCCUCAAAAACAUUGGUAUGAAAGAAGGCCAAAUCUAUGUACUUAUAUGUGAGAGAGAUGAACUUUUGGAAUAUUUGAGCAAAAAAACAAGUGCAGAGCAAGCAGAAAAUCCCACCUUUAAGGCUACAGAAAUUUUGAGUCACCCUGGUAGCACAACUCAUGCUCAGAAAAAGAAAGUGAAAGCCAAGAAUUCUAAUAUACCUGCAAUGACUAAUGUGCCCGCUGAAAAGAGAGAGAGUAGCACAAAAACCAACCAAAUCACAGGGCCUAAAAAUGUAGCAAGUUGUCAAGCAACAUCUCACCAGAACACAGCUUCAGAAAUAGACAUCUCUGGUACAGUAGAAGAGUCUAGGAGGGAAGAGACAGAAAAAUCACUGUCUGCUCUUAUCAAAUCAGAAAAUGGAACAAGUCAUUCAGUGCAUAAAAAAAGAGCCCAAGCUUUAACUCUCAGCAGAUUUCGACCAUUUGGUACUCAAGAUAUUAAUUUUAAGUAUGUGAAAAACACAGUCUUAUCUCCUGAAACAGGAGUCAUUGAUUUGAUCACUCCUUGCCACGAAUACAAAUCUUUUGUUAUUGCUGCAGAGCUCGACCAGCCACGGCUGCAAGCAAAGUUUGCCUUCGAAGUGAUUCGAUUUGCCUCAGCCUGCAUGAAUAUCCGAAGUAAUGGAACGAUACACUUUGGUGUCAUGGACAGGUUUGAAGGUGACAAGGAUUAUGAACAUGGGCAGAUAAUAGGGGUUCCAGUUAGCAACAGAGACAUCUAUGUUGAUGCCCUGGAUAAAAACAUUGCAAAAUGUUUCAGUGCAUCUGACCAAGAAGCUGCAAGGAAUUGCAUUCGCCCUCCUGUUUUUACUGAAGUGAUUGAGAAGGACACUGAAGACCAGAGCUUUGUUGUGGAGGUUGACAUUGAACCAUCAUACAGUACAGUGAAGGGGAAGAUUUUUGAAGUAUGCUUACCUAGAUUUAAUGAAGAAAGCAAUAAGACCAUCUAUGAAAAAAAACCAGUUCUCUAUCAAAGACUUAAUGCCAAAUCUGAACCUGUAAAGAAUGAAGAACAAACGGAUUUUACUCUGGGUUCACAAGAGAGGGAUGUCAGAAGAGAAAUGGCCGAGUCCUCUAGUAAUGAGGAUGCUAUGGAAAUAUCCCAAAAUUUAGGGCGUAAGUUAUUAGUCCUAUUAAAUGAUGGCAAGAACUAUAUAGAUGACUACCUGAGUUACAUCCUUGUCACAAACAGAUGUGGAAAGGAAGAUCUUAAGUCUAUCAACUUUUUAAUGCGCAUGAAUAUUUUCUGUGUAUUUGAUUUUGAUGAGGAUUCCAGUGUAUCGGGUUUACAUGCCAGAUACAAAGAGCACCAUACAACAAAUUUGCAUUUCUUGCAAAAUUAUGCCAAUGAAAACAAGAUGAACACCACCGAAUUUAAAAAACAUUUGGGCCUAGAUGAUUAUACCACCUGGAUAUUUUGUAAUGGACGUAGUGACUUCCGUGGGGAUGAAAAACCUUGUGAUGACAAUACUUGGAUUAGAACGAAAAAGAAGUAUCUUAAGAAAGCUGUUUCAUUUAUCUGUGAUGAAAUCCUUCCUAAAGGAUCUUUUGUGGUACUUUUCCUCCUGUUCUCACCUGUGGAGAAGCCCAUAGUAGAUACCUUCCAGGAAUUCUAUACAGAAAUGAAUGGUAUGGAUUAUAUCAUAUGCAUUGCAGAGUCCAAAGAAAAUUAUGAGAAGUGGGCUAACCUAGCUCAGGCAUCAUGUAAUAUUGAGACACUACAAGAGAGAAGUAUUGUGGGCAUGAAGCUGAGUCAUGUAGAUGCCACUAUUCAAAACAUGAUGCCUUCUACAGUAUGUCCCAGACAUUUACCAGUUUCUACAAAAGGUCUGUGUAUACUUCCAACACUGGAAGAAGAGAAAAUGUUUUCCCUUGAAAUUUUGUGUACAAAUCAAUGUGAUGAUAUCAAAGAGGAUUGGAGCUGUGGAGAAGUCAUUGAACGGGAGACCUGCGAGGAGGUUCAUAAAAUCUUAGAUGACAUUUUGUAUGGAAACAGAAUUAGGUAUUCUGUGGCUAAAAUAAAAAUCUUUCAUCAACCUGGAAGUGGAGGAAGCACCAUUGCAAGGCAAGUUCUAUGGAAAAGAAGAAAGGAUUUAAGAUGUGCUGUGGUCAAAUCCACAUACCCAGUUGCAACUGUCUGCCAGCAUGCAGUUAAUUUUAGAGAAUAUGAUGAAAACGACGUGAAGAAUUCUCUCCCGGUCCUCCUCCUGGUUGAAGACUAUGACGAAGAUUAUUUAGAGGAAUUAAAAUAUGAUUUAACGGAUGCAAUGGCAGCUCGAAGAAGUCAUUUUUCCAAGCCUUGUUUCAUCCUUAUGGGUUGUAAGCGAUCUAAUGUCCCUGAAAAGCUUUGCAAAGCUUCUCCCCUUGAUACAGUUGCUGUCACUCACAAACUGACAGACCAAGAGAAACACCUGUUUAAAACCAAAAUUGAAAAACUUAAAAAGCAGAAAGACUUCAAACCUGAAUUUAUUCUGACAUUUGUCCUAAUGAGUGAGGAGUUUAAUGAAACAUAUGUGAGGGAGUUUGUAGAGCAUUUGUUGCAAGGCAUAGACCCUUCUUCCCUUGUUACUAAUUUAAUGAAGUAUGUUGCUUUGCUCAAUUCGUAUGUACACAAUUCAUACAUUUCAUUGUCACACUGUGAGGCUUUUCUAGGGCUGGGGGCAUAUACCGAAAAGAGACUGAGAGAGUAUGAUUUUAAAAAUAACUUAAGUGAACAGGCAAGACUUAUUUUCAUUGAAUUAAGAGCACAUACCACUUAUAUUUCAUGUAUCCAUAUCAUACAUCACCUGGUUGCUAAGGAAAUUCUGCAUCAGCUCUUAGGAGAUCAGCCUCAGAGUCAAAUUGCUAUGAAUCUUCUCCAGGAAAAAUCACUGUUACACCAUAGAUUUGGACAAGAAGAGUUUAUAAAGUUCAUCAGAGAUCUGUUCAUACGUCGCGACAAGAAGAGCAGAGGAGACAAUACUGACAGCCUCUUCUCACCAUUCAUUGAGCAUGUUUGUAAGGUUGAAAAUUCUGAAAAAGCGAUAGAGGUUUUAAAAGCUGCCUAUGAAUGCCUGGGAAAAGAUGCCUUCUUUGCCCAGCAGCUUGCUCGACUGCAUUAUAAUUAUGAAAGAUUUGAGGAUGCAGAAUUUUGGGCUAGGAUAGCCAAAUCUCAAUUGCCAAAUGAUUCCUUUAUUUUGGAUACGGAAGGGCAAGUGUACAGAAAAUGGUUUAGUUUUACCGUGGACAGAAAGACAGAUGAGCCCACUCCUGAUGAAGUCAUUCAGAUGAUAGAAAUUGCUCUUAAAGCUAUGAAAUGCUUCAGGGCUGCACAACAGGCUGCAAAGGCAGAGAUUGACAGCAUGAAUAACGCUGGUUACUUUGGCGAGGUUGAAGUGGGAUGUCGGCUACUAAAAUUUCUGUCUACUCUUAAGAUAUUUCCCAGAAACCCUCAAAGGGAGCAUUCUGAGCUUGUGCAUUAUUUGCUAACAGAUUACAUUCCUGAGGAAAUUAGAAAACCGUGGGGAAAGCUUCACAGUCGUUUAAAAGGCUUACGCCAGAACAUUUAUGAUGCUCUAGAGUGGAUUUCGGAAGAUCUCUGUUACUUCCAAACAGAUAAAAACCAGAACAAAGAAAAUGAGGCCGAGGAAAAGGAAGAACAAGUUUACAAUCCCAGAAGGUGGUUGAAAAGACAGUCCGAGGUGUAUGCCAAAUUCUUUACCUCAGACUCUCUUAUUGUGGUAAAAAAUUCUCAAUCUGAAACCCAGCUAGUCAAACAUAUGAACAUUUAUAAGUAUGGUGGUGGCAGCAUCUCUACCAUUCUUUCAUUAUUGUCAGAUUCAAAGGAUGAGAGGUCAGGUAAUAAGCUAGAAAAAAUAAUUAGCUUAUACCCAGAUAAUCCAGAGAAAGAAAUCUUGGAGGACAUUGAUCUCAUCAAUUACAUUUUGUCUCAUAUCACAUUAGCAUGUGUAUCUCCUGGAUCUUCCAAACUUCUUCCACUUCAAACACUUAGAGAACUCAGCAGUAGAUUCUUUAAACUGAGAAGAACAGCUUUUCCAGCAAGUGCCCAUUUUUUGCUCACUUUAUUGUACUGGCCAGAUGAUGCAUUAGACAGAGAAUGUAAUCCAGAGAAAGAUGAUAUUCUCAUAUCUGCGCUUCGAUCCAUGAAGCACUUGUAUGAUGUCAAGAUGAAAAACGUUGCUCCAAGGAAAAAGAGAAUCUACACACAUUUUUUCCUGGGAAAAGGCAGUGGUGUAGGCAAGAUUGUGCAUAGAACUAAAAUUGAUAAAUUAAUAAAGGGCUCCUUAGAUGAACGACGAAUGAAGUGGCUAUAUGGAGAUGUAUGGAAAAUAGGCGAAGUUCAUAGUGUCUUAGAAAGAGUGAUUGGCUGGACAGAGAAUGGAAAAGUAUUUGCACGGGGUCACGCUGGGCGGAUUCAUAUUUUGCCUUUGCAUUUUGAUUCAGUGCCUCCAGGAAAUGAAAAUGUGACAUUUUACUUAGGAUUUUCAUUUAGUGGGCUUGUUGCCUAUGACAUUCAGGAGGAUGGGGCAAAAGCGAAUAAUCUUAUCAAUAUGUAG